AUGGCUCUGAAUGUUGCAAUUAUCGGCGGCGGCAUUGCUGGCUUCUCGGCUGCCAUCUCUCUGCGUCGUGCCGGCCACGUCGUCCGGGUCUACGAGCGAUCGUCGCUCAAUAACGAAGUCGGUGCCGCCAUCCACGUUCCGCCCAACGCUUCCCGCGCCCUCUUAGCAUGGGGACUGGAUCCUGUCGGUGCCAAGUUCGUCACCACAAAGUCCAGCUUCCGCGCCUUCGCAAAGACACUGCAGAGAUUCCACGUGGGAACGACCGAGGCCCAGAUCCCGCUACAGUGUGGUGCUCCCUGGUUCCUGGCCCAUCGUGUCGAUCUGCAUGAAGAGCUCAAGCGGCUCGCCACCUCGCCCGAUGGCCAGGGCACUCCUGCCUGCGUCUUUCUCAAGUCCGAGGUGGUGAAAUAUAACGCAGAUGCACCCUCAGUGAUGCUCGCGGAUGGAAAGACCAUCGAUGCCGACGUCGUUGUUGCUGCUGAUGGAAUUCACACCAGCGCCGUCGAAGCGGUCUUGGGACGAGCAAACCCGCCUGAGCCGUCCAAGGACCUCUACAACUUCUGCUACCGCUUCCUCAUCCCCGCUGCCGAUCUCGAGGCCGAUCCUGCGACCCAGUUCUACAACCAGGACGAUGAUGGUCGCAUGAAAUUCUUCACUGGCGAUCUGAAGAGGAUUGUCUCAUAUCCCUGUCGGAACAAUGAGGUGCACAACUUCGUCGCCAUAUUUCAUCAGAAUAAUCUCGACCUGAUGAAGAAAGAAGACUGGCAGGCUUCCGUCGACAAGGGAAAACUUCUCGAGAAGUACUCCGACGUUCAUCCAGAUCUCUUUGCUGUUAUCAGCAAAGCAACAGAAGUGAAGCAGUGGGCAUUAUUGUUUCGACCGCCCAUUCCGACCUGGACAAAUGGAACCUUGGCACUGGCUGGCGAUGCUGCCCAUCCUAUGCUUCCUCAUCAGGGACAAGGUGGUGCCCAAGGCAUCGAGGACGGAGUCGUUCUCGGAAUGGUCCUCGUUGGUGCCACCAAGGAGAACACGGCCGAGAGACUGAAGCUGUACGAGAAGAUCAGACGGAACAGAGCUAGUCUCAUCCAGAUUUUCAGUAAUGCCGGCCAGGAUGAGCCAGAGCUCAUCCGCAAGGAUGCAUCUGCCUUCAUGCCAGCAGACAAGGUCCCAACAUGCCCAGAAGACUUCUUCGAUUACAAUUUCAGCUACGACAUUGUGCAAGACACGGUCAACCAUCUCAAGAAGCUCGUUUCUCAGUUUAAGCUUCCCGAAACCUUUUUUCAAAACAAGCCUGGGAGAGGUGCUUACCCGUAG